AUGAAAUACUUCUACACAUUCAUUGCAUUCAUUCUCUUCUCCGCUAGCCUCGUCGCUGGUAAUGGACAAAUGAACUUCCCUCAUCCACGCCUUCCCAGUGGUGAUUUUCAAACGGCUCUAGCACUCCUUGGCUCUCCCACUACGAAUUAUGGCUGUGGAAAUGCCCCCACUCCUGGUCGAGUUUUGACGAAAUAUGUCCGCGGUCAGUCUGUUAAAGUCGUAUGGGAAAUCACUGAAGCCUUGGAGGGUCAAUGUUUCAUGGACCUUUCCACCACGGGAAAAGACACUGAUUUUCAACAAAUUGGAACUCUACCUAACUGUGCUGAUCAAGUCGGGGAUUCUUUCACGGCUAAUGUAAAGCUGCCUGAUGAUGUGACAUGUGAUAAUUGUAUAUUGAGAUUCAGAUGGAUACCUGCCUUGUCUGGUGAAACUUACUUGAAUUGCGCUGAUGUCUCGAUUAAGGAUACCAAGCCGAAGUCUUUAAGAAUGCAAAAGAAGCGCCAAAGAAAGCGUCAGUGUCUACUGUGUCAUAAGGAAUAA